AUGCUUACAUUCUUUUACCCGGCAGCCCUCGGCCACGUCCGCCUCGCCAUCAACGACCUCGCCCCUACCGGCGCACAGCCCUUCUCCUCACCCGACAGUACCGUCCACGCCGUCGUCAACGGCGAGCUGUACGACUACGACGCCCUGCGCGCCUCAGUCCUCCAGCACUCGCCGGACUACGCCUUCGCCGGCCACAGUGACUGCGAGCUCGUCGUCGCGCUUUACCUGCAGCACGGCCUAUCCUUCCUCUCGCGUCUGCGCGGCGAGUUCUCGCUCUGCCUCUACGACGCCCGCACCCAGAUGUUCGUCGCUGCGCGUGACCGCUACGGCAUCAAGCCCUUAUUCUGGCGCGUCGAUGGGGAGCGUCGGAGGAUCGAGAUUGCUGCCGAGGCGAAGGCGUGGCUGCCGUUCGGGUGGGCGCCGGAGUGGGAUGUAAAGAGCUUGCUCGAGGCCGGGUGGAACCACGACCAGCGGACCCUGUUCACAGGCGUGAGGAAAGUGCGACCGGGGCAUUAUCUGACAUGUCAGGGAUUCGAGGAUGUACAGGAGAGGAUGUAUUGGGAUGUUGAGUAUCCGGACAAGCGAACUGCAGACCCUAGAAGUGAGCAGGAGAUGAUAGAGGGUGUCCGGGAGCGACUGCUUGAAGCCGUCCGGAUUCGCCUUCGUGCGGAUGUGCCGGUAGGCAUCUACCUCAGUGGUGGUAUUGACUCGUCAGUGGUUGCGGGCAUGGUGACGCAUCUGGUCAAAGAGAGAGGAGAGAAAAUUGGGAAUGAGAAAGAAACAGACCGCGUAAGCUGCUUCGGUAUCGCUUUCGACGAAGACAGCGGCUACGAUGAAUCAUCAAUCGCUAAUCGCACCGCUGACUUUUUGGGGGUCAAGUUCCAUAAAAAGCACAUGGGAGAAGCCGAACUUGCAGCCUAUUUUGAGGACGCCACUUACCAUUGCGAACACCACAAUGCGGAUCUCAACUACGUCGGCAAGUUUGCGCUCUCGGAAGUGCCACGCGAAGUGGGUUUCAAGGUCGUCUUGACAGGCGAAGGUUCCGACGAGAACUUCGCCGGCUAUCCCACAUACCUCCCCGACUACCUUCGGGAGCCAGACCUUGCAUGGCCUGCAAAUGCGCUGUCGGAUCGGGAACGUGAUGGGCUCCGUGAAGAGACAGAAGAGUUGACGGAGCGGAACUACAGGACCAUUGGCAUGGACAGCGCCAAAACCGGAGAUUCGGUUGCGGUGCGUAUGCUGAAUGGUAUCAAAACACCACAGUAUAUGACAGCAUGGGGGUUUGAUGUGUACGAGCCGUGGGCUCAUGAAGUCUACGGUACUUGUGACCCGCGCCUUACCGUUGCAAAUAACGUUGAUGGCCGGACCAGAGAGCUCAUCAUGAACAAGUGGCAUCCUCUACAUUCUGCCAUGUAUGUAUGGUCCAAAGGACACCUGGCCAACAGCUUUUUGUCGUGCCUGGGCGACCGCACGGAAAUGGCCCAUAGUCUGGAAGCGAGAACACCUUUCUUGGACCAUCACUUGACGGAAUAUGUAAAUGGCUUGCCGCCCAGCGUCAAAGUAAGGUGGGAUGCGGAGGAGCAGAGGUUUAUCGAGAAAUGGAUCCUGCGGGAAGCCAGUAAACCUUUCAUCACAAGCGAGCUGUACCAAAGGAAGAAGCAUCCGUACUCGGCGCCAACGCUGUUCCCCGAGAACGGCCCUCUACACCGGCUCUUCUCGAGACUGAUCUCUCGAGAAAACGUGGAGGGGCUGGGGUUUGUUGACUGGAAUAAAGCCAAGGACCUGGUUAGGAAGGCGUUUGUAGCGAAGGAUCCUUCGGCAGUUCGAGCAGCCAUCAGUGUUGGGCAGUGGAUUGUUCUCAGUCGGAGAUUUGACGUCAAAAGGGCAGAAGCGCCCAGGUGA